AUGGCCGGCUAUGCAGCGAUCCAGAGCCCGUCUAGCGCCCACGUCUCUUUGUGGGACAACCGCAAAGAGUACAAGAGCGUCCUCUUCCAAGUGUGCGGCUUCAUCCUCCUCAUGGAAUCCCACUUGCACUGGACGGGCGUCUCGUCCAACUCGAUCAAGAGUACGUGGACGUCGCUCUGCUAUCUCUCGCCGCUCCUUGGUGCGUACCUCGCCGACGAGCGCUGGGGCCGCUUCAAGACGAUUGCGAUCUUUGGCACAUGGUACCUUCUUGGCGACAUCCUCAUGGCCGUCGCCGCGCACCCGCACGUGCUCGGCUGGAAGGAGACCAACGUCUCCGGCGUGUUUGACAAGGAAGGCGCCAACAUUGACGCGGCCCAAGGCCUCUUCGUGUUUGCCCUCUUUGCGUGCAUUGGCAUUGGCACUGGCGCGAUCAAGUCGAACGUCAUUACGCUCGGCGCCGACCAGUUCAACCCGGACGACCCGAAGGAAGAGGCCCAGAAGAUCACGUUCUUUUCGUACUUUUACUGGUGCGUCAACUUUGGCGCCGCCUUCUCGUACGGCUACCUCGCGACCUUGUGCGUCGAAGGCUCGGCGUCCAUCUCGGAAGACUAUGGGUACUUUGCGACGUUCCUCAUCUGCGCGUGUGUGAUGGCCGUCGCGCUGCUCUUCUUCUUCCUCGGGUCGCCGCGCUACAUCAAGCUGCCGCCCAACUCGGACGCCAUGUCCAAGCUCGUCAAGGUGCUCGUGCGGUCGUCGGCCAAGAGCUGGUCGGCCAAGGGUGCGUGCGGCGGCUUUGUCAUCCUCAUUCUCUCGUUCGUGCUCAACUUGAUUGCGGUCUUCCUGGAGGACGGGUCCUCGGAGCGCAAGGGCCUGACGUAUGUCGCGGGUGCCCUGGCUGUCCUCGGCUGCGUCACGUGGGUGCUCUCGGGCAUCAAUUAUGAAAACGUCAACGCCGCCAAGCGCUCGCUCGGUGGGCCCGUCGACGACCAGUCGAUCGACGAGAUCAAAAUGGUCGUCCGCGUCCUCCCGUUCGCGUCGUUCAUGGUCAUGUGGCAGUGCGUCUACGACCAGAUCGACGCCAACUUUCAGUCGAUCGCGCAGCAGACCGACCUUCGUUUUGGCGACGAGUGGGACGCGACGCAGCUCUCGGGUGCGGUCCUCGGUGUCUUUGACCCGAUCGCGAUUGUGAUUUUGAUCCCGCUCCUCGACGCCGUCAUCUACCCGGCGUAUAAAAAGUACUUUGGCAAGGCGGCGUCGCCCUUUGGCAAGGUGCUCGUGGGUCUCAUCAUCUCGACGGCCACGAUGUUUUACGUCGGCGGGUUUGAGAUCAUGCGCAAGGACUCGGGUGUCAUCAUGCUCGGCAACUCGACGUACCCGGACGGCUCGUUCCCGUACGUGCUCGUCGCGCUCUGCGAGUGCCUCAUCAACGUGACGGCGUACGAUGUCUUUUACUCGGAAGUCCCGAUCUACCUCAAGUCGACGUGCCAGGCCAUCAACCUCUUUAUGGUCUCGAUGGGCUCGAACGUCACAUCCAUCUUUACGCUCCUCUUCCAAGACGACAUUCCCAACAACCUCAACGACGGCAAGCUCGAGAACAUGUUCUUCGCCGUUGGCGCUGUCUCGGCCAUCAACCUCUUCUUCUACAUUAUCGUCAUGCGCAAGAUGCAGUUUGGCAUGGACAGCUCGCGCAUCGUCCACGAAGACGAAGUGAACGAGAAGGACGCGCUCAUCGACCGGUCGUCCAACCUCAUGAACGCGCGCGAGUCGUUCACGCAAAUGCGCGCCUAA